AUGAGCAUUUUGGCAACUGUAUCGGCCGAUGGCGAACAUGCAAUGUUAGAUACAACUGCACUAUCUCCGACAACAACACUGCCAGUGUUGACGACUAACAUGAAGACGUGCAUUGACGAGCGGCUCGCCGAAGACGCAUCGAUCACCCCUGUGGCUCUGUUUGGCAUUAUUUGCAAGAAAAUAUCCCGCCUCACGCUCGAUGGCCCUCCGCCGCUCCUUAAUCAACCAGUAUAUGCUUGA